AUAAUCUUCCUUUCUCUGCUCGAAGCCGGAUCUCUGGAGACAAUCGCGUUCCGUGAUUAAAGCAGUCACCGCAGAAAAUCCAAUAUGGUGUUUGUCUCUCAACGGCUUGUGUUGGAUGUCCGUGUAUUUUGAGAAUAAAAUUCUUAUACGGCAAACGCGUGGCUGACGGUAAUUAUGAAAAUUCGAUUGAAAGCGUCGUGCCGCACGUAAACAUUCUGAUGACAUUGCGUACCGUGCAUGAUUAACAUUCUCAGAGGAAUCGGAGCCUCGAGGACGGAGUGACCGAGGUCCCUGUCUCUUUUUUUUGGUGUGCGAAGAAUUUAAAAAAAAAAAAAAAAUAAUAAAAAAUAAAAUAAAUAAAUAAAAACAAAAAUACAGAAAAUUAAAAAAAUGGAAACUGACAAGGUAGAGAAUAGCACGGAAGUGAAUGAUUCGAAGACGGCGGCGAUCAAAAUCAAAGAGAAGAAACAAAGCUUGAUAGCGGACGUCGCAACUUUAGAUAUAAAGUCACGUCUUAGUUUGGAGACAACAGAGCUUUCCAGCGAGCCUCACGUUAAUGGAAUAGCUCAAUUGAAUGGUAUCUGCGACUCUCCUCAAAGAAUUGCCGAUGCCACUGUUUCUCCACAAUCUGAAACAAUGGAAACUAGUCAUUUAAACCAACAUGAACAAGCAGAAACAUUAUCUAUGGAAAGUAAAGACAACGAUAUCCAAUAUGUUAGCUAUACAAGUGAACUACAAAUGCCUGAUAUUAUGAAAUUAAUACAGAAGGACCUAAGUGAACCCUAUUCUAUUUACACAUAUAGAUAUUUUAUUCAUAACUGGCCGAAGUUGUGCUUCCUGGCAAUGCAUGGUGAUGAGUGUGUUGGUGCCAUUGUCUGCAAACUGGACAUCCACAGAAAGGUGAUAAAACGUGGCUAUAUCGCAAUGCUAGCUGUCGAUGUAAAGUAUCGAAAACGAAAGAUUGGAUCGAAUCUUGUGAGACGUGCUAUACAAGCAAUGGCAGAAGACGAUGCAGACGAGGUGGUUCUCGAAACUGAAAUCACUAACAGACCGGCUCUACGCUUAUAUGAGAAUCUUGGAUUUGUGCGUGAUAAGCGAUUAUUUCGAUAUUAUUUAAACGGUGUGGAUGCAUUGCGACUGAAAUUAUGGCUCAGGUGAAAUUUAUCUGCGCGUGCUUAUGUCGAUAGGUAUUUAAAUAAUUAUAAUUUUGAAGAGAGAUAUAACAUCUACGCUCUACUAUAUCAAGAAAAAUGAGUGACAUUAAUGUCAAAGCAAUUUUAUAUAUUUUCGCGCACACAAAUGUCUUCAAUUGCGACACUAUGCAAUUUAUUCUCUAAUUUCACGUGUUCUAUAAAAUAACUUGAAUGUGACGAUUACAUUCAAAAUAUAUCACAGUGAAUAACUUAUUAAGCAAAAAUUUCUACUUAUUUCGGAAAUAAUAUAUUUAAAGAAAUUUGCUUUUCCUAAAUAAUAACGAUCUCCAACAGCCGAUACCGACUGAUAAAAAUCAAGUGUAUAUGUACAAAUCAUGUAUUUUGUUAAUAGUGCCUAACUGUUGCCUCACUGUUAGUUACUUUGUUAUGAAUUUGCUGCAAUUCCUUUGAUAUUAAUGUCCAAAUGGAGAGAUAGAGAUUUCAAUUGCAGCUUGAAUAUAAAAAAAAAAAAAAAAAAAAUUAAUAAAAGAGU